AUGCCAGACUUAUCUAACCUCGAGCUGCCAGGAAUGGAUGUUGACUUUGGUGGCUGGUUAAAUCUGGACGACGACGAUGGACUCCAGGGUCUCGACUUGAUGGGCCUCGAGAUCCCCAUGGAUGACAUCAACGAAAUAAACCUCAUGAUAUAG